AUGGGGCAGGAGACCGAGGAGGCGUACGUGACGUUUUUGUUCGCGUACGUGGGCGUGAUAUUCGUUUUGGGGGUCGUCUUGGGGGUGAGCGCGUUCGGGAAGAUGCCGGAGGCGGUGGACGGGUUCGUGAGCGAGCGGCUGUAUCCGUUCUUCACGCCCUUCGUGGGGGGGUUUUUGGCGUUCUCGAGCGCGUACGGGGUGAUCAAGACGCGGGACGAUCCGAACGGGGGGUGA